UCUGUAUGUGUUGCGGCAACUGUGGUUACUGCGCCGGCGCAGACGCUGUCACGACUCUGCUUCUUCUUCAACAACUGCUCCGGUAAAGAAAAAAUGGCAAUGAAGGCGCUCCGGGGAAUAGUGAACGGAGCCAUGAACGAGCUGUCCUCAGCCGUGAGCGGGAACAGACCUGCACCUGCGUCCACCGCUGCUGCAGCCCGGGAGCAUGUGAUGGCUGUGAGCCGUGAUUACAUCUCUCAGCCCCGCCUGACCUAUAAAACUGUGUCUGGAGUCAACGGUCCACUGGUCAUCCUGGACCAGGUGAAGUUCCCCAGGUACGCAGAGAUUGUCCAUCUCACACUGCCUGACGGUACCAGGAGGAGUGGACAGGUCCUGGAGGUCACAGGGUCCAAGGCUGUGGUUCAGGUGUUUGAAGGGACUGCAGGCAUUGAUGCCAAAAAGACAAGCUGUGAGUUCACAGGGGACAUCUUAAGGACACCGGUCUCUGAGGACAUGUUGGGACGUGUUUUUAACGGCUCUGGAAAACCUAUCGACAGAGGACCAGCCGUCCUCGCUGAAGACUUCCUGGACAUCAUGGGUCAGCCUAUCAACCCUCAGUGUCGUAUCUACCCCGAGGAAAUGAUCCAAACUGGAAUAUCUGCCAUCGAUGGCAUGAACAGCAUCGCCCGAGGACAGAAGAUACCCAUCUUCUCAGCUGCAGGACUGCCUCACAAUGAGAUUGCAGCUCAGAUUUGUCGUCAGGCUGGUUUGGUAAAAAAGCCCAAGGACGUGAUGGACUACAGCGAGGACAACUUUGCCAUCGUGUUUGCCGCUAUGGGGGUCAACAUGGAGACGGCCAGAUUCUUUAAGUCAGACUUCGAGGAGAAUGGAUCCAUGGACAACGUUUGUCUCUUCCUCAACCUGGCCAACGAUCCCACCAUUGAGAGAAUCAUCACACCCCGUCUGGCCCUGACAGCUGCUGAAUAUCUGGCCUAUCAGUGUGAGAAGCACGUCCUGGUCAUCCUCACUGACAUGAGCUCCUAUGCAGAGGCUCUGCGAGAGGUCUCCGCAGCCAGAGAGGAGGUGCCGGGACGCAGAGGCUUCCCUGGUUACAUGUACACGGAUCUGGCCACAAUCUACGAGAGAGCCGGAAGAGUGGAAGGACGUAACGGCUCCAUCACACAGAUCCCCAUCCUCACCAUGCCCAACGAUGACAUCACUCAUCCCAUACCUGACUUGACUGGAUACAUCACAGAGGGUCAGAUAUAUGUGGACAGACAACUGCACAACAGACAGAUCUAUCCUCCCAUUAACGUGCUGCCGUCGCUCUCUCGUCUGAUGAAAUCUGCCAUCGGCGAGGGAAUGACCCGCAGAGACCACUCUGAUGUUUCCAACCAGCUUUAUGCAUGCUACGCCAUCGGAAAAGACGUCCAGGCCAUGAAGGCAGUGGUGGGAGAGGAGGCUCUGACUGCUGACGACCUCCUCUACCUGGAGUUCCUGACCAAGUUUGAGAAGAACUUCAUCUCCCAGGGAGCGUACGAGAACAGGAGUGUGUACGAGACUCUGGACAUCGGAUGGCAGCUGAUGAGGAUCUUCCCCAAAGAGAUGCUGAAGCGAAUCCCUCAGAGCACCUUGGCUGAGUUUUACCCCCGAGAGGCCAAACACUGAGCCGGCCCCUGCUGCUUCCAGCUGAAAUCUCGCUGCAUAGAUCCAGUGCAUACAGUGUAGUGUUGUGACAUCACACGUGGCGUGACGCUGUAACCGUCCCGUGGCCUUGAAAACCAAACGUUCCUGCUCCAACAGCCAGAAUGAGAAGAUGUUUUAAUACACACAGAGUUUAUGUUUAUAAAGAGAGAAGGACAGAAAGGACAUCCCCAGAAUACACUGUCUCUAUAUUGUCCAUUACUGAAAUUCUAGAUAUUAUUUAUCAUAGUUCUAUAAAUCGACCUAAUAACUUAUCAAACCACUGUGAUUAAAAGACCACUUCACACAGUGUGCCAAUCAACACUGGUCGCUGGGUAGUUAGUAGUAAAAGCAAGUGUCUCUUCCUGCUGCUACUCCUAAAAAUAUUAGUUUAUAAGUAGAGACGUCCGAUAAUGUUGGCCGACCGAUAUUAGCAUGAUCAUGUAAUAUUGGUAGGAACCGUUAUCGGAUUUAGACCAAGUCAUGUUCAGAUCUUGAUCUGAUCGUCUUGGUCUUCAUUACUCUGCUAAUCUUUCUAAAGUCCACUUUCAGUCGUCUUCAUGAGGUCUGGAAUUUCGGGACCAAAACUUUACCUGGUUAAAAAAAAAAAAAAAAAGAGUCCAGGAGCUGCGACUGAUGCGCUGACUUGUAUUUCUGCCUUUAAAAUCUCGUGACACCUCCCGUGACGUCACUGUCAGGAUGUUUUAAACGAGGCCAGAAUGUUUACGACGCCACAGGUGGUUGAAGCCAUGUCUGUGAAGGAAGCCAGGAGAUGAAGUGAUGAGUGUGGAAACUUUUCUGGUUUGAAUGUGCAGUGUUUGAGUGUGACGUAACCGUUCGUUCUCCUCGGUGUCGUUUCUUUUGAAGCUGGUGUUGAAUUUGUCAUUUUGUUGUGAUCGAUUCUGUGUUUGUGUACUAUGCUGUUCUCUAGUAUUCGAACACAGCGGUCAUGAGUUCGGUCUAUGGGUUGUGUAUUUGUUUUCUCAGUGUGUGCGUAUUAAUUGAUUAUACUAAUCAGCGUGCAUGCAUUGUUGUUAAAUGUUUACUCUUGAUGCCUCAUUAAAUCAGAUACAGUGUGAAAUUAAACCAAAAAAAAA